CGCGCGCCCCCGCCACAGCUCAGAGCUUGUGGCGCUGUGCGCUGGCUGGACGUACGGGCAUAUACUCGGUGUCCCGCUCCCGCUGAGCACCGCUGCUCCUACCACUCGGUGCGAGCUCUCAGCCGCCUGUGCCCCGAAAGGUGGUCAGAGGAAACGCGGCGAGCCCCGAGGGAUCGGUCUCCGGUUCCUGUGGCGCGAAGCCUUCAGCAGCAACAGAUCGUGUGCGGUAUCAUUGCCCACCACUCCAAACACAAAGCUGGACCUUCUGUCGUGCCUGUCUGACUUCACCAUGCCACCCAGCUGCACUAACAGUACUCAAGAGAACAAUGGCAGUCGAGUGUGCCUCCCCCUCUCCAAGAUGCCUAUUAGUGUAGCUCACGGCAUCAUCCGCUCAGUUGUGCUGCUCGUCAUCCUUGGUGUAGCCUUUCUGGGUAACGUAGUGCUGGGUUAUGUAUUGCACCGUAAGCCAAACUUGCUGCAGGUGACCAACCGGUUCAUAUUUAACCUGCUUGUCACUGACCUGCUGCAGGUUGCUCUCGUGGCCCCCUGGGUGGUGUCCACUGCCAUUCCUUUCUUCUGGCCUCUCAACAUCCACUUCUGCACUGCCCUGGUUAGCCUCACCCACUUAUUUGCCUUUGCUAGUGUCAAUACCAUUGUGGUGGUGUCAGUUGAUCGUUACCUGACCAUCAUCCACCCUCUUUCCUACCCAUCCAAGAUGACCAACCGACGUAGUUAUAUUCUCCUCUAUGGCACCUGGAUUGCAGCCUUCCUGCAGAGCACACCUCCACUCUAUGGCUGGGGCCACGCUACUUUUGAUGACCGUAAUGCCUUCUGUUCCAUGAUCUGGGGAGCCAGCCCUGCCUAUACGGUUGUCAGUGUGGUAUCCUUCCUCGUUAUUCCACUGGGUGUUAUGAUUGCCUGCUAUUCUGUGGUGUUCGGUGCAGCCCGGAGGCAGCAAGCUCUCCUGUAUAAGGCCAAGAGCCACCGCUUGGAGGUGAGAGUCGAGGACUCUGUGGUGCAUGAGAAUGAAGAGGGAGCAAAGAAGAGGGAUGAGUUCCAGGACAAGAAUGAGUUCCAGGGCCAAGAUGGAGGUGGUCAGGCCGAGGCUAAGGGAAGCAGCUCCAUGGAAGAGAGUCCCAUGGUAGCCGAGGGCAGCAGCCAGAAGACCGGAAAAGGAAGCCUGGAUUUCAGUGCAGGUAUCAUGGAGGGCAAGGACAGUGACGAGGUCAGUAAUGGCAGCAUGGAGGGGCUGGAAGUCAUCACUGAAUUUCAGGCUAGCAGCGCAAAGGCAGACACCGGCCGCAUAGAUGCCAAUCAGUGCAACAUUGACGUGGGCGAAGAUGAUGUAGAGUUUGGCAUGGAUGAAAUUCAUUUCAACGACGAUGUUGAGGCGAUGCGCAUUCCAGAGAGCAGUCCACCCAGUCGUCGAAACAGCACCAGCGACCCACCUUUGCCUCCAUGCUAUGAGUGCAAAGCUGCUAGAGUGAUCUUCGUCAUCAUUUCCACUUAUGUGCUAUCUCUGGGGCCCUACUGCUUUCUAGCAGUGCUGGCUGUGUGGGUGGAUAUCGAUACCAGGGUACCCCAGUGGGUGAUCACCAUAAUAAUCUGGCUUUUUUUCCUGCAGUGUUGCAUCCACCCAUAUGUCUAUGGCUAUAUGCACAAGAGCAUCAAGAAGGAAAUCCAGGAGGUACUGAAGAAGUUAAUCUGUAAGAAAAGCCCCCCUGUAGAAGAUAGCCACCCUGACCUUCAUGAAACGGAAGCUGGUACAGAGGGAGGUAUUGAAGGCAAGGCUGUCCCCUCCCAUGAUUCAGCUACUUCACCUUAAAGUUAACAGUAAGGCAAACUUUAAUUGUACACAAAAACAGAACACAAGAGCAGCUUUCUUUUCAGCGCUCCGCUCACAAUCUCAUUAGUGCCAGUGCUUACCAUUUCAGGCAAAGGGGUUGCGCGCACAUCCUUUCCCACCACACGGCAGAUAAAUAAAAGGAAGAAGUAGGGACUUGGAUCUUUCCUGAAAAGUAUAAGCCUGUCAAAGCACGGACUUUAGGAUCCCCACCAAAUAUAUAUACAGAUGUACACAUAUUAGGCUCUAAAUUUCCCAAAGCAAGGACUAUCUGGUUUGGAGCUGUUCUUGGUAUUCUGCCUGUCUCCCCAGAACUAUGACAUGUCAGCUUUAGCUCUGAAUAAAAGGAAAAGCAAUGCCUACGGACAUAAGGACUAUUUGGCCUUCAGGUCAGGAACUCAUGGGCUAGGGCUACAUAUUGUGUGCAGCUGAAAGAAAAGAAAUUGACCAAAUCAAGCAAAGCUAGGUGGAUGGAUCACCAAAUGAGCAGAUUUCUGUACCAGAGAGUACCACAGUAUGGUGCAAAGACUGUACUGCAAGCUGCAACAAAGGUGGAUUACGCAGAUAGACUGUAAAGAAAGCUUCUAGGUCUUCAAAAGGGAUCCAGAAAAGGGCAAGCCUGAAAUGAGGAGCUAGGGCAAAAGAAGAAAUGGAGAAAUAAGGCAUAUCCACGGAGCUAAACAACUGUAUGUUUCUUUCUCUUUCUCUCUCUUCUCUCCUUCUCCACCUUCCCCUACCCUGCUACAUGGGCAGGGACUGACCACUGUGCAAAUGGAAAAAAGGACAAUUGACACAAAUGUUUUCUGUCUCCUAUUUGAAUAACAGCAGGAAAGAAAUCAGGCCACUAUUUUACUAUUUCCCUUCUGCCUCUAGACCUCUGAAAGCCACUAUUUUAUUUUCUUUUAUUUCUAACUGAUUUUUUUAUUAAAAAGUAUUUCCAGGUUUCAAGAAGAAAGGAAGAAAGAAGAAAGACAGAGAGAUAGAAGGAAAAAAAAUCAAGUAUGAAUGGCCAAAGUUCUAGAAAACUCACACUGCCAAUAAAUUUUAUAUCAAGAAAAUAUCUUUUAUCUCUGUACCGUAAUAAACAUGAAGUAGGUUUUCCAUAUGAGGAUAGAUAUGUACAUGCAUAGAUAUCUUUUCAACCUGUGGCUCUCUCUAAAACUUGUAAAUUCUCUGUACAAAUGCAGGGGAGAAUAUAAAUGUCAGGAAUGAUGUUUUAUUUUUUCCUUCUCACAGAUUCCAGCUUGAGCUUCUCAAGGGAGGAGAGGUAAACGGUUGUGAAUUGUGAGGGUGUGGGAUUACCAUAUUCAGAAUGCAGGAGAGUUGAUACAACCAAAUAGUAUUGAAAUGGCCUGUCAGAUUAGUAUAUUCACGAGAAGUUUAUCGACUUCCACUUCACUAAUUUAGGACUUGUGAUAACCUCAGACAAGGCACUGUAUCUAAAGUUAACUCUCACACUUCCCUUCAUUUUAACACUCUCACUACUUAACUGUGUUUCUAUUUUUUUUCUUAUUACUCUAGGCCUCUAAAGGCCCCAUGUUACUCCCAAGGUUAGGCAUCUGAGGAGGCAGAAACGUGCUGGAAACAACAAACUGUAGCCUAAGACCCAUGAAGAACAGGCACCGUGCCAAUUAUAUAUGGCUUCUUCCUCCAUGGCAAAUGUUUAAUGUGCACACUAGCACAGUUAGUCUAUAAGCCACAAAACAGGUUAGAGAAAGAUACAGGAAAAGUAAAUAUACUGAACUUGGCUACUGCCAAUCACUGGCAAGUUCAUUGCUUUUUGGUAAAUAGGGUAAGAAUCCUCAAAGAACAUGAAGGCUGCCAAUAGAAGUUAGGUUUCCAUCAUUGCCUCCCUAAGCCUCCAUAUCUUAGCAGUAUACACACUAAGGGGAAACCACAGCAAUGUGUACACUUAAGAAGGUCUGCUGUGUGAAGAUUAAUAUCUGUCUUUCUUUGACUCUAAAAGAGACAAAAACAAGAUUGGUUUUAGUUUGCUGUUUCAGACAUGAGUGGAUUUCCCCCUUUUCAUUAGUUAUAACUUUAUUGAAAAUUGAGUACUUUUGUCUUGUGUCAGUGAUGUGUUCUCUUGUGGUAUUUCUUCUACUGUAAGUUCUAACUGUAUAUAAAAUUCGUUCUUGGAGAUAAGGUGCUAGAGAUUAGAUUGUGUGUGUUUGUGGCUAGUGUCAUCAGUAAAAUGAGUGAUGUGUGUGUGUACAUGUAAAGUUAGUUAACAAAAUGCAUGCAGUAUCCUAUAUGUGACCCACAAUUUGGUCACUUUUUGAAGUAGAACAUAGUACAUUAAUUUACCUUUAAAAGUGUAUACUACAGGAUAUGUAACAUGGCUCCACAGUGGUAUUCGGGAAGAGGUGCCUUUCAUUCCUUACAUCCCUGGUACGUGACAAGCAAGAACUUAUUCUGGUACAGCUGGGAAUAGAUGUGAACUAAAUUAUCAUCUUGGCUGAAGUCCUCACCUGCAGUUCUCCACCCCACUGGCACUGGUAUGCCUGUUUUCUUCAAUACAUAGAUAGAUCUCAAAAUCAAAGAAGACAAGUCCUUUCCCCAUAAAAGGGUAAGAACCCCAGGGCAGGCUAUUGGAGUCCUGAUAGCAGGAGGAUUUUAAAAGAGUACUGCAGUUUCAAGACCUAAACAGGAACCAGUACCUGACUGGAAAGUUAAUCAGACUUACAUUUAGCUGAUCCAUAGUUGGUGAUCCCUGCCCUCCUAGAGAAGUGCCAAGACCCAGAAGAAGGCUGCUCUGUUUUGUUUUUGUUGUUUUCCUCUUUGGCUGUCUCAGAUGAGAUGCAGCAUUAAUAAAGAAACAGUGAGAAUUGGGGGGUGGGUGGGGGGAGGGCAGGGAUUGAAGCUCAGGUGUUUGAAGAGUUACAGUUGUAGAUUAAAUAUAUUUGCAGAAGAACUCAGAUUAUUUUAUUAUAUUUUGAAAACAAAAGUAUUACAAGAGGAUAUAUAUUUAUAUAUAUUCUCAUUAAAUCAUUUCUAAAACUGCCUUUAAUACCAAAUUUCACGUGCUAUUUUGAGACUGAGAACAAUAGGACGAGUGCACUCAGUCAAUAAGACAGUUCUCUUUAAUACUUUCCAUUUUAAAUCUAAAACUUUCCUUUUAAAACAAAAGAUUUGUAAUUUAAAAGUGCCUUUUCAAAGGAUUUUCAAAACUAUAGUCCUGGGGCCAUGUUCCCAUUGGCACAACUUACCUUCAGGUGCACAAAUGGGUCGGAAUUUAUUGUCCACCUGUCAGCGAGAAGAGAAAUCCCUCACACUCAAAUCAAAUUUAUGAAUUGAUACUGUUACAUGGGCAGGUCGUCCCAGAGACUCUGCCCAAAGUCACGGUUUCAUAUAUUGGUUGAUUUUAAGUGAAUGCAUUCUAAACUGGUUGUGAUACCUUUAGUGCCAGACAGGAACAACAGACUCCUGCUUGGGGAAUGAAGAGAGAUUAACAUUUGUGGUUUAAGUAUUAUUAAUAUUUUUCGUGUUUCUUAAAUAGGUGCUGUAAAUCUGUUCUUGGUACAUUCUUCUGAAAUAUGCUAAAUAAAGUCUCAUUUUAUGUGUGAA